CGCAACUGGGUAUAUCUUUAGUUUAAAGUUUCAUGUCUAACAAGUUAUUCACUUCAUUUAUUAAUAGUUAGUUUUGGCAUUCAGCACUCAAUCAAUAGACUUGAAGAGUUAAUUUUAUUGCCGUUGAUCGUAAAUUGCGUUUCUUGUGAUUAAAGAUAUCCAAAAUUAGUUAGUAUAAAUACUAGCAAGUUCAUCAAAUCGUCUUUAAUACUUGAUUGACAAAAGCCAACUCGUCAUCAAUGCAACCGAAAAUGAACUUGAUUUUGAUCAAAUGUUUUAUACUCAUUUAUUUACAAAAUCAAUUCUUAGCCAACCCAGUUACAUUAGAAGAUGGCGUUUUACUUCGACAAAUUGCUGAUAGCUACAGUGCUCCAUUGGUCGCUUCGUUUUUACAUUCGAGAAUAGAAAAUACUGCUGAAAUGGUUGAAGACAUCAAGAACUCGCUUGAAAAUUUGAGUGAAAAUCAACGAAAUCUGUUUAUUUUGAAAGUAAAAAGUCUUGAAGCUUUGAACAAACAACUAACUUCAUUACAAAAAACAGAUUAUUUCAACUUCAAUGGAACUGAACGAGUUAAGUAUUUAAUUGAACAAUACAUUUUAAACAAUGAAAUGUUUCCAACUGAGUUGGGAUUCGAAGAGACGAAAUUCAAUUCAACUCCAGACGAUUUGCUUAAGCAGCUCAAUGUUAUGUCCAAUGAUAAUCUUAUUAAGGAUACAAAUGAUCUUAUAAACGUUUAUUUGAAAGACAUUGAAGAGAAGGAAUCGAAUGAAAAAUAUAAUGGACUUCAAAGAUUCGCUGCUUCGCUAACCAAACACAAACUAAAGACCUUAGUUAACUUUAAAUUUAGCGAACCAGAGAUCCGUCGAGAUGAUUAUGGAGAGAGAAUUGGCACCACUGAUAAUCGUGCAUCUCAAAUUGAAUCGGUCCUGCGACAGUGCAAAAGCAUUGUGGAUCUUUUUUAUCAUCAAUUUGAGAGUAUCGCGACUCAAAGUGCACCAUCAUCUUCAUUGGAACCAGUUACACCAGAAGUCAAAGCUCGAGUUGAAGUCAAGCAUCCAUUGUAAAAGAAUACAAAAGUUCUCAUUUUUAAUGAUAAAUUGUUUAAUAAGGAUAAUAAAAUAAUCUAGAAUAAUAAAUAAAACCAUUUAUAUUCAA